CAUCAUCCAAUUCAUCCCGCAUUUGAGUGCCCCCGGGUUUACUCCUCGCCUAUAUCAUUUUGGUCCCCGCUUAACUGAUACACACUCGGGAUAUCUUCAGGCUAUUGAUUACUUCGGCAUUCUGAUUUAUAUCUCCUUUUCGCUCGACAGCCAUGUCCGCACAAGACUCCGCCGCGGGCAAUGCCCCUCCCUCUGCGGUCACCGAUGCCGUGUUGGUGGCCUCGGAGCCCGUGCCUGAGGGGACGCAGCAGGUCAGCGGCGUCGACUUUGACCGAUUCCAAGGCCGGGAUAUUACGGUCGCCGAGAUGGUGGACAACAUGAAAUACACUGGCUUCCAGGGCAGUGCGGUCGCUGAAGCCGCCCGCAUCGUCAACGAGAUGCAAGCCUACCGUCAUCCGGAGACCGGCGAGAAGACCACCAUCUUUCUCGGAUACACCUCCAACCUGAUCUCCUCCGGCCUUCGAGACACCAUCCGCUACCUGGUCCGCAACCGUCACGUCUCCGCUAUUGUCACCACGGCCGGCGGUGUCGAGGAAGAUCUUAUCAAAUGCCUGGCUCCCACCUACAUGGGCUCGUUUACUGCCCCGGGCGCUGGACUGCGGGCCAAAGGAUUGAACCGGAUCGGCAACCUCAUCGUCCCGAACAGCAACUACUGUGCAUUUGAAGACUGGUUGAUCCCUAUUCUGGAUAAGAUGCUGGAGGAACAGGAAGCCGCCAAGAAGAAGGCACUGGAAACUGGCGAUGAGGAGGACGAAUUGCAUUGGACCCCCAGCAAGAUUAUUGAACGCCUCGGCCGCGAGAUCAAGCAUGAGGACUCGGUUCUGUACUGGGCUGCUCGCAACAACAUCCCGAUCUUCUGUCCCGCGCUCACCGACGGCUCCCUGGGCGAUAUGCUUUACUUCCAUACCUACCGCUCCUCUCCGCAACGGCUGCGGGUCGACAUUGUGGACGAUGUGCGCCGCAUCAACACCAUGGCUGUCCGGGCCGCGCGGGCCGGCAUGAUCAUUCUGGGUGGCGGAGUCAUCAAACAUCACAUUGCCAACGCCUGUCUGAUGCGCAACGGGGCCGAGCAUGCCGUGUACAUCAAUACGGGACAGGAGUUUGACGGCAGCGAUGCGGGGGCCCGACCGGAUGAGGCCGUCAGCUGGGGUAAGAUCAAAGCCGACGCCAAGGCCGUCAAGGUCUAUGCAGAAGCCACAGUGGUCUUCCCGCUCAUUGUUGCGGCCUCGUUUGCCCGAGCCAGUCCGGCGACCCCCAACGGUGAAACGUCUCAGAACUGAGUGCGAGUUUGAGGGACAUCACUCCGAUAGGGGGUACUUCCUGCUAUCUGUCAAACGCCAACCCCUCUAUCUCUCGCCAUGCCUCCUAUAAACUCGAUAAGAUAAAAGAAAUUGAUUACUGGUCCUAGGCCUGCUGUGUCUAUCGACCGUGAGAGCUUCCCCCCCCC